AUGAAUUUCUAUACUCUUGAAUUCGAAGAAUAAGUUGGAUAAGAUUUAAGAGAAUAGGAAUAAAUAUAAGUUAGUGAAGAGUAAAUGUGCGAAUAUGAUCAAAGUUCUAACCUAGAAAUUAAUUAGGAUAUCACUUUUGAUGGGUAUUUGCAAGAAGAACCUGUUCUAUUAUUUAAUAUCAUUGAGGAAUCACCAAAAAAGAAGAAUAAAUCCAUCUUUAAAAAAUCCAAAAAAAUACGAAAAUCAGACACAGAAACUGAUUUUAAGUCUUAAAAAAAAACUAAUACUCUAGUAUUAGGUAAAGAUGUGGCUAAGCUUCGCCAAUGUAAAGUGUUAAAGACCAUCAUUUCCUAAAUGGAGUCUAUAUUAAAAUAAACUAGAACAUACCUUCUUAAUUAGUAUUAAAAAUAGAAAUGA